CCCGGCGCUGCGGGAGGCGACAGAUUCACAUCCAGAUCGCGCCUCUGCAACAAGCACGGAGCCGGCGGGGGGACGGAGAUAUCUGCCAUGCCAGAUCUGCACGGAGGACGAAACCCUGAUAAGCAUGGUGCCCACGCCCCAGGUGUGCGUAUCAACCCUGGUCACGGUGAGCACGAUGGCAGUGGUGGACCUCUACCUGCUGGAGCAGAGCAUGCUGGGAGCCCGCGGUCUUUCAGGACCGAGCGUCUGGCAGUACACGGCCGUGUUGCUAGGUGAUGUGGGCUUCCUGCUCGCGCUGCGCUUCGUCUCGGCCGGCGUGGUGUCGGAGGCGCGGUCGCCGCGCCGCGGCUUCGCCAACGCCCUCUGGUUCCUGUUCCUGUCGCUGCUGCAGCUCAAGCUCUUCUUCGUCUGCCACAACUACAGACAGGAGCGCCGGCCCCCCGACCCGCUGGCCCGGAAGACCCUGACGCUGCUGCUGUCCAUCUGCCUGCCCUCGCUGUUCCUCAUCCUGACGGGGGCCGACCACAUGACCCCGCAGCGCAGGAAGCAGGAGGUGCGGGGCCGGCUGCUUUGGGUCGUGGUCGACCUGCUGGACGUGUUGGACCUGCAAGCGGGGCUGUGGGAAUCCCAAGGAGGGUCCGCGGCGGGCACUGGAGGGGCGGCUGAGCAGAAGCUGCCCAUCUGGGCGGAGGGCCUGGUUUUCUUCUACUGCUACGCCCUCCUGCUGCUGCUGCCGUGCGUGGCGCUCACGGAGCUGGGGGCUACAGGUCUGCCGGGGCAGAGGGGACCCCGUAAGGAGGCGCUGUACCCUUGGCUGAGCUUAGUCACUAUCAACAUUUUCACCCUGGCCCUGAGGGGCACGGGCAUGCUGUGGUACCGGGACCCCCGCGUCUCAACUGUGUUCCUGGGGAAGAACCUCCUGGCUUUGGCGGUGAAGCUGAGCUCUGCCUGGGAAAGACACAAGCAGGAGCGCGGCGCCGCGGGAGCGGGAGCUGCAGCUGGAGCGGAACCGGGAGAGUCGACCCUGCCAAGCCAGAGUGCAGAGCAGGGAGAGGGUCCGGCUCAGGGGAAGGUGCCCCCCUCUCACUAUCACACACUGACUCGCUCCCAGAGCCACACGCUCUCCCACGUCAGUCUGGAGCCCUCGGCGGCGCCUUUAGGACCCUCUUUCAUCUCCCACGAACUCUAGAGAACCACCCUGGACAUGCAUGCAUG